GGGUAAACGGAAAAAGGGACGGGAAGAGUUGAGGGGAGGGAGCUGCAGGCUUGCGAAGGAUGUCGGAAGGCCUCUGUGAGGAGUUAGUUGGGAAAGCAGGGCUGCCCAGGAGCUGAGGUGUGGCCUCCUGAGUCCGCAAGACCUUGACGCAUGGCAGCAUGCAGAGGGGAGGGGGACAAGAGAUAAGGCCGGUGCAGCAAUAGGGUUCAGACCUCGUGGGCCUCCGAGAGAUGGGAGCCCCGGGAUACGGUGAGAAUGUGGACAUGCGUAGACAGACGUGACAGCUUCACUCUGCUCCGUGUGCUUCCAACGGGUUGAAAAGAGGCCGGGACAGAAGCGGUGAGGUCAGCGAGGAAGGUCUCCCGGGGUCCAAGCAGGAGAUGAAGUUGCUGGGGACGAGGCUGUGACAGGAAGUGGUCAGAUUCUGGAUCUGUUCCAAAGGGAGAGCCUGUAGGACUGCCUGACAGAGUGGGUAUGAGGGGGAGAAAGGAAAAAAGAUUACUCCUGCUUUGGCCUGAACAACGCUGGGGCGAUGGAUCGUCCAGCUACUGGGCUGCGUGUGGAUCGGCUUGGGAUAAGAAUACGGAGUCUGAUGCUUUGCACACCUGCCUCCUGUCAGGCCUUCGGGUGCAGGAUACCCAGAGCCAGAGGUGACCUGGUACAAGGAUGACAUAGAAUUGGACCGUUACUGUGGCUUGCCAAAAUACGAGAUCACUCAUCAGGGCAACCGUCACACUCUGCAGCUGUACAGGUGUCGGGAAGAAGAUGCUGCCAUCUACCAGGCCUCUGCCCGGAACACCAAGGGCAUCGUGUCCUGCUCGGGGGUCCUAGAGGUGGGCACUAUGACCGAGUACAAGAUUCACCAGCGCUGGUUCGCCAAGUUGAAGCGCAAGGCUGCAGCCAAGAUGCGGGAGAUUGAGCAGAGCUGGAAGCAUGGGAGGGAGGCGUCAGCGGAGGCCGACACCCUUCGCAAGAUCAGCCCUGACCGCUUCCAGAGAAAGCGCCGACUGAGCGGAGCCGAGGAGGCGGUUCCCUCAGCUCCAGUCAGGGAAACGGAGGAGGGGUCCUCAGUGGCUUGGCAAGAAGGAGAGACGGAGUCUACUCAGCACCCAGGUUUGGGUCUGAUCAACAGUUUUGCUCCUGGAGAGGCACCCACCAACGGGGAGCCUGCCCCAGAGAAUGGGGAAGAUGGAGAGCAUGGCUUGCUGACCUACAUCUGCGAGGUCAUGGAGCUGGGGCCUCACAACACCCCUCCCAAGGAGUCUGGGGCUAAGAAGAAAAGGAAAGACGAGGAAUCCAAACCAGGUGGGCAGAAGCCAGAGUCAGAAAAGGCAGAUGGCAGCCGGUGCUCUUCAGAAAAUGGUGUCCCCAGUUUGGACAAAGCCAGUUCCAGCAGAAGAGAGAAGAAGAAGCCCACGGAUGCGCAGCUAGCUCAGACCCAGCCCAGAGGCAGGCUAGCGCGGGGGCCUGGGCCUUCUGGAGUAGAAAGCACCAGGAAGAUGGCCUCUGUUGUGGGCAUUCAAGACAAGGUCCAGGAUACCCCAGCCCCUGCCCCGGCCUCCGUCCCGGCCCCUGUCCCAGCCAUGGCCCCGGCCCCCACCCCUGUCCCAAGCCACAGCUCAGAACAGGUGUAUUUCUCCCUGAAGGACAUGUACAUGGAGAGCACCCGGGCGGGCAGGCCCCAGGGAGAGGAAAUGCCUCCACCUCCAAGUACAGGAGUACCUGGAGAAAGGCCCUCAGGGAAGGUACCUGUCGAGGCUAGAGGUGAGAAGGUACCCACGAUCCCCGGCCAGCCCUCACCUUCCAUGGUUCCCCCGCCCAUCAAACCUUUGAACAGGAAGAGAUUUGCUCCUCCUAAACCCAAAGUGGAGCCUGUUACCACCUCUCCCUCAAGUCAGGCUCCGGAAUCUGUGUCCCAGACCUUAGGGAAGGCCCUACCUCCAGCCUCUGCCCAAGUCCCUACACCCCCUGCCCGACGGAGACACAGCACCCGAGACAGCCCCUCGCAAGGGCGAGCAAGCCACAGGACUCCAGGAGAGGCUCUGGAGCCCCAAGCCGUGUCUGGCAGCAGCAGCUCUGAGACCAUCUCUGUGGAUCACAGCGCCUCUGGAAAGCAAGGUGCCACGGAGCCCAUGGAUACGGAAACUCAGGAGGAUGGGAGGGUUCUUGCUGGUGGGAGAACUGGAGGCAGGAGGAAAGCACAGACGGAUGGAAAGCCGCAAGUGGAUGGAAGGACUCGGGGAGACGAGGCACAGGCUCCCCAGAGGGCACAGACAGACGAGAAGGCACAGACGGACGUUAGGAUGCGAGGAAGUGAGAGGCCGCACUCAGACAGGAGUUCACAGAAGGGCUUGGAGACAAAGAGAAGGGAGGAUACCCACGUAGUAGGACAAACACAGGCAGACGAGAGGUUGCAGGAAGACCUGAGAGAUGAAAGGAUGCAGGAAGAAAAGGAGGCACAGUCAGUGGGCAGCGUCCCCACAGCUUUCAAAACCCAGUCAGAGCAGCCGUCCGCGGCCAGCCUCAGCUCACCGCCUGGGACCCUCAGACUCUCACCAGCAGAAUGCCUUAGAGCUCCUCGGGUUAUGGAGUGUUUUGAGAAGAGCCCGGAAGCAUCUUGUAUCCAGGAAAAAUCCGAUUUCAUGCUUAGGUCUGAGGACACUGCACUAGGCCCCCUGUCAGGGAACCACACGUGUCCAGUACAGCUGCUUCUGGAGGGCAACUCAGAGCAGCUGGGAAGAGAAACACACCAAAGGCCAGAGUGGUCAGGUCUGGUCAAGGCCAACCAAGAGGACAGCCUGGUUCAUUGCUCCCAGAACGAGCAGCCUGGGGAAACACAGUACAUGGAUCUCCCCGGUAGGUGCUCAGCUGGCUUGAGUCAGGAGGUGCCCGCCAUGCCUUCUUUUCCCAGAACUGGCCCGGCCGAUGGACUUCAGGAGGGGCUGCCCGGCACCAUGGCUUCUCAGCAAGUUAGCACAGAAGACCCCCUCCCCUCCGGGGGCCGGGAUGUGCUGAGUUCUGCUCCCAGUCUGCAGCUGGGGCCAGGGUCCCCCACCCAGGGUCACCCAGCAGAAGCCAUGGCUACCAACAGUGAGGGAGCCUGUGCCAAGGAGCCAGAUGUGGAGGGGAGGUCCUCAGGUACCCGGAGCUGUGACCCUGGCCUCAUAGACUCCCUGAAGAACUACUUGCUUCUGUUGCUCAAGCUAUCCAGCCCAGAGACAAAUGAAGCCAGGGCAGAGUCCCAGGAAGUGGCUGCCUCUGGAGGCCUAGCUUCCUCCCCUACCCUGGGCCCUACCAUGGAAGUGGCUGGGCUGAGUCCCAGGACGUCGAGGCGCAUCCUGGACCGCGUGGAGAACAAUCACUUGGUGGAAAGUGCGCAGACCCUGCUGCUGAGCCCCUGCACCUCCCGCCGCCUUACUGGCCUCCUGAACCGUGAGGUACAGGCUGGCCAGCAGGCCCUGGCUGCUGCAGCCCAGUGCUCCCGGGGCCCAUGCCCCAGCCCCCUCACCAUCCCCGCCAUCGUGGUGGGUGAGGAAGGAUCUGACGCUAGUGAGGGAGAGGAUUCCAGGGAGAGGACCUCCCAGGAAACUGACAAGAAUGAAACACCUGGACAGGUGGAUGAGCAAACAGUGGAGGGCAAACCCCAGGAGCCCUGCCAAGAAGAAGCGGCCCCAGGGGAGGCUUUGACAGGUCUCCCUGCGGCCACACCUGAGGAACUGGCUCUAGGGGCCCGGAGGAAGAGGUUCCUCCCUAAGGUCAGAGCGGCAUCAGAUGGAGAAUCGAACAAGAUGGAAGAAAGGGAGAGCCCCACAGUCUCCCCCCGGGGACCCAGGAAGGGCCUGGCACCCGGGUCCCCAGGGACUCCAGAGCGGGAGAGACGUUCCCCUACCCAGGCCCGAAAGACCAGCAUGUUAGAGGUGCCUGGGACAGAAGACGAGCCUGCAACAGGAGACCCGGGCUCCAGACCCAAUGCCAGUGGGCUGGACUCAGAGCCUGCCUCCAAUGAAGGCAAGCAGGAAGCUCUGGCCAAGCCAAGGAAAGCCAAAGACCUGCUAAAAGCCCCACAGGUUAUCCGGAAAAUUCGGGUGGAGCAGUUUCCAGAUUCUUCUGGUAGUCUGAAGCUCUGGUGCCAGUUUUUCAACAUUGUUAGUGACUCCGUCUUGACGUGGGUGAAGGAUCAGCAGCCAGUGGGCGAGGUGAGCAGGAGUGCAGGGGACGAGGGGCCGGCAGCCUUGGCCAUCGUGCAGGCAUCUCCCGUAGACUGUGGCGUGUAUCGCUGUACCAUCCAGAACGAGCAUGGCUCAGCCUCUACUGACUUCUGCCUCAGCCCCGAGGUGUUGUCUGGCUUCGUCUCCAGAGAGGAAGGUGAAGCUCUGGCUGUCCCGGAACUCAUUACGUGGAUAGGCUGGUCUCGGACUCACCUGCCCUACCGCCUAAGUGCUGAAGUUGGAGAAGAGAUUGAGAUGACCCCCAUGGUGUUUGCUAAGGGUCUGGCUGACUCUGGCUGCUGGGGGGACAAGCUUUUUGGGCGAUUGGUGAGCGAGGAGCUGCGAGGGGGUGGACACGGCCUUCAGAAGGCUUCCCAGGCCAAGGUCAUCUACGGGCUGGAACCCAUCUUCGAAUCCGGCCGCACGUGUGUCAUCAAGGUAUCCAGCCUGCUUGUGUUUGGACCCAGCAGUGAGACAUCUCUUCUGGGCAGAAACUAUGACGUCACUAUUCAGGGAUGCAAGAUCCAGAACAUGAGUCGAGAGUACUGCAAAAUCUUUGCCGCUGAAGCUCGGGCAGCCUCUGGCUUCGGGGAGGUGCCUGAGAUCAUCCCCCUGUAUUUGAUCUACCGGCCUGCGAACACUAUACCAUACGCCACCCUGGAGGAAGACCUGGGCAAGCCCCUGCAGUCUUACUGCUCCCGGCAGUGGGGCUGCGCUGGUGCCCCGGCAACACCGAGCAGCUCCGAGGCCAUGCAGAAAUGCCAGACCUUCCAGCACUGGCUGUAUCUGUGGACAAAUGGCAGCUUCCUCGUCACAGAUUUAGCAGGGGCUGACUGGAAGAUGACCGAUGUACAGAUCGCUACCAAACUCCGAGGAUACCAAGGCCUCAAGGAGAGCUGUUUCCCUGCCCUGCUGGACCAGUUUGCCUCUUCCCACCAGUGCAACACCUACUGUGAGAUGCUGGGGCUGAAACCCCUCAAGGGCCCUGAGGCUGCCCACCCUGCAGCCAAGGCCAAAGGCUCCAAGAGUCCAUCUGCUGGCAGGAAAGGCUCCCAGCUGAGUCCCCAGCCCCAGAAGAAAGGCCUUCCCAGUCCCCAGGGCACACGGAAGAGUGCUCCAAGCUCCAAGGCCACACCUCAGGCCUCCCAGGCAGUCACUGUUCAGUUAUUGGGACAGCCUUCUGCCCAAGAGGGAAGCUCUAAGGCCCAGGGCUUGCGGUAGCCCCAACAGGAGGCUGGGGGCCUCUAUCCAAGAGUAGACCAACCAGGAAGCAGCUUGAAUCAGAUGGAGACAUUUUCAAUUCAGGACUAACCAGAGCAGGUGCCCAAAGGAAGGCACCUCUUGGGGACCUCUCUGAGUAGUUUCACCUCACUGGAAGGCUUUGGGCAUGGCACAUGACCUGUUGGCCUCUCCUAGCAUCAUUGUCACCCAGGGCUCCCAGGCCUCGAGUGGGACCCACCUCCAAGUGCCUGGUGGCCUAGGCCCUCAUUGAAGUUUACACUUGCCACUGCCGGAGGCUCCUCUGCAUGAGUCCUCUGCAUGAGUCCUCUGCAUGAGUUCUGCACUCUGACCUCUUUCCCCAGCCACUCCACAAGCGAAUGCUGCACGCUGGGGCCUGCGGGCCCACGUUUACCUUCUCACCCCUGCUUCUCCUGGCUCUCCCACUGUCCUCAGGCCACUAGACUUCCUGUGGGGUCUAGCCUGGUGACUCUCAGGGUUUUCAUCUCCUUUCAGCUUCUUUGCCUCAUUCAUCACAGCCACUAACCUGUCCCCAGUCCAGAUGGGACCCAGGGCCCUCCUGGAGCACAUCGUGUCUUUGAGCAGUGUUUUGUUGUUGUUUUGUUUUUUGUUUUUGUUUUUGUUUUUUUUUUUGAUGAUGCCCGUUCUUGUCACUCUGACACUUCCUUGUUUCCCAUGCUUCCUUGCGCACACUCCCUUCCCAGACUUUGAAUCCGACGCCGUCCGCUGCCUGCCCUUCGCUAGCUUUUGCGUGUCCCUUUGUCCAAGGACUCCUUCCAUCUUGACGGUGAAGCCUACCCUCUUAUGUCUGGGUGAGGAACAGCCUCUCUAGCUUCACUCCACCCCACUGUCCCCUCCCCUGGUUCUCUCAGGUUCUUUGUUCAUGAGGAGGGAGGGGGCAUGAGGACAUGGGAAUGGCUCCAGGCAGAAGGAUAGCCUUGACUUAGAGAGGCCUUGCGCUCUGUUCUGAAAGCAACACCACAGCUCCAUCCUGAAGGAGUGGAGGACUGGGACUCUUCGUCACGAGGGAGGGGGACCCGGGGUAUGCCAGAGGGUUGCGAUGCAUUCGUGAGCUUGGGUGAAGAAGGAUGCUCCUGUGCCUACCUCCAGCCAUUUGUUCUUGAUCCUGGGGCUCAGCCCCAGAUGCUCAGGUGUAGGUUUCCCAGGAGAUUUCUGUGCUGGGUCCAGCACCCUGGGUCCUUCCUAGACACCCCUCCUUCAGACCUGGGACAGGUAGGUCUGGAGCUAGCCUGCUCCCUUGUUACGCAAUAAAGGCAGCAUCCGUGUGUCCUGUU